GGAAGACUUUUUUUUCAUUUAUUACUAAUAUAAAUUUGAAAUGUCUACCGUCGGUCAAGUUAUUAAAUGUCGCGCUGCUGUUGCUUGGGAAGCUGGAAAGCCUCUUAGCAUUGAACAAGUCGAAGUUGCUGUUCCCAAGGCUCAUGAAGUUCGUAUCAAGAUUCUCUAUACUGGCGUUUGUCACACCGAUGCUUAUACUCUUUCUGGUGUUGAUCCCGAGGGUGUCUUCCCUGCUAUUUUGGGACACGAAGGCGGUGGUGUUGUUGAAUCUGUGGGUGAAGGUGUGACUGAUGUUGCUGUUGGAGAUCAUGUCAUUCCUUUAUACACUGCCGAAUGUAGAAAGUGUAAAUUCUGUAAGAGUGGUAAGACCAACUUGUGUGGUUCUGUCAGAGCUACUCAAGGUCGCGGUUUGAUGCCUGAUGAGUCUGUUCGUUUUACUUGUAAGGGACAACCCAUUUACCAUUAUAUGGGUACCUCUACUUUCUCUGAAUAUACCGUGGUUGCUGAUGUUUCUGUGGUCAAGGUUGACCCCAAGCCUAGCUUGCAAAAGCUUUGUCUUUUGGGUUGUGGUAUCACCACCGGUUUCGGUGCUGCCACCAAGACAGUACAAAUUGCUGAAGGAGAUAAUGUUGCUGUCUUUGGUGUCGGUUGCAUUGGUUUGAGUGUAAUCCAAGGAGCCGUUUAUAACAAGGCCAAGCGUAUUAUAGCUAUUGAUACCAACCCCAACAAGGAAAAGAUUGCCAGAGAAUUCGGAGCAACUGAUUUUAUCAAUCCAUUGGAUAUCAAGGGUACUAUUCAAAACCAUCUUGUUGAAAUUACUGAUGGUGGAUUAGAGUAUACUUUUGAUUGUACUGGUAACGUGGAUGUGAUGCGUUCUGCUCUUGAGUCUUGUCAUAAGGGUUGGGGAGAAUCAGUGAUCAUUGGCGUUGCAGCAGCUGGUAAGGAAAUCAGCACACGUCCCUUCCAAUUGGUGACAGGUCGUGUCUGGCGUGGAUCUGCUUUUGGUGGUGUCAAGGGCCGUACUGAAAUGGGAGGUCUUAUUGAGAAAUAUUUGGAUGGUCAAUUAAAGAUUGAUGAAUUCAUCACUCAUACCUUUGACUUUGAGCAAAUCAACGAUGCUCUUGAUGCCAUGCACUCUGGUUCUUGUAUUCGUGCCGUUGUUACUGUUCAAGAAGAGUAAGAUAAAUAAAAUUUGAUCUCGGUUGUCGCGUGUGCGCGCAUAAGUGCACGUGACAGAGAUAAAAUAUUC